AUUGCGGUGUUGUUCUUUUCGACGUUGAUUUGAUUUCGACAUAGACAUUCAAAAUGGUCUUCCUAUUAGGAGUCAGCUUCCACGAGGGACAGCUCGUCAAGAAAGCCCUCGAGUCCUUCUACGCCCUUGGACCGACUACCUCUGCCCGCAUCAUGGCCAAGUACUCGAUUCACAACCUCGCCAAAGUCGGCUCGCUGGCGCCCAGGACAGUGACCUCGCUUACAGCCGAAUUAUCACAAAUGACAAUAGAGACGGACGCAAGAAGACAGGUACAAGAAAACAUCAGAAGGUUGAAGGAUAUCGGAUCGUACAGAGGUAGACGGCAUGCCAUGGGUCUGCCAGCCCGUGGUCAACGAACAAGAACACAGACUGCGACGGCCAACAAGCUCAACAGAGUUGAUCGUAGGGCUUAGACCCAUAUCUAACUGAACUGGACUUGGAAAAUUCAAAAGGAGGAGGCUGUGUGCCGAGUUUCGGAGGACGCAAAGGAGUUUGCACUUUACGACCAUAAGGGUGGGAAAAUGUUCAAAAAGGAAGUAGCCUACAGGUUUUAGGCUUUGUAUAUUAUGUGUACAUGAACAUAAUAAAAAGCACGAAUAGAUGCUACAUACGAGUAUAUCUACUACAGAUCUAGAAUUCAUCUUCCAAGAUUGGGGCGCCGUCAGCUUUCAUCUGGGCUGAUACUGCAUCCACUUCCUUCCAGACCCGAAUGACAUUUCCACCGACAACCUUUGCGGCGUCUGCCUCGCUGACUCCUCGUCGCAAGAGCUCAGCGAUCAGAGCGGGAUAUUUGGUAACGUCCUCGAGUCCUUCAGGCACCCUGUCAAUUCCAUCAAAGUCGGACCCAAUGCCAACGUGAUCAUAGCCGAUGAGAUCUCCGAUAUAUGUAAUGUGAUCGGCGACCUUUUCCAGCGUAGCGUUCUCAGUGUCUUCAGUAGGAACGCCAUUCUCGUUGCCUUCGUCGAAGCAGGAGAUGAAUCCAGGGUAAAUGUUGACCAACACCACGGAAUUGCGCUUCUUCACCAGCUGCAGGACAUGGUCUUUGACGUUGCGCGGGUGAGGGCAGAUGCUAAAGGCCGAGCUGUGCGAGAAGAUGACGGGUGCUUUGGAUCCUUCCCAGUCAUCUUUUCCGCCGAGGGUAUCAAUC